GUACAUGGUUUAAUACGAAACGUGUUAAUGAAUUAUUAAUUAGGUUUUAUGCUCGGUAGGUCUUUAAAUUUAUUGUUUGAAUCUACGGCUGCAGAAUUUCACAAUUAGCAAAAUAUAUAAAGUAGGUGUUUAAAAUUUAUAUUUAUCAUGUACAAUAAUAGUAUCGAGUUCUCGAUACUUUUGACAGUGUUGCAAUCGCCAACGCCGCGAAAUUCCGAAUGCGGCGAGGUUCCAUUAGCUUGGUGGGGUUCGGACCGACCUCCCAAUAAUCCCGUUCCACUUGAAAAACCGGUAUACUACGUCAUAAUCCAACAUACAGUGUCUCCUGAAUGCUACACCGACGAAGAAUGUGUACACUUAUUGAGGAAGAUUCGCGAGGUCCACAUAAUAAAACGAAAGUUUAAUGACAUUGGAAAUUCUUUCUACGUAGCAAGCAAUGGUAAUAUAUAUGAAGGUGCUGGCUGGAAUGUCGGCCGCCACACACGCGGUUAUAACAACAAGUCUAUUGGAAUUUCAUUUAUUGGAGAUUUCAGAGAUAAACUACCGACCGAUGCUGCUCUGAAAUCGGCACAGGAGUUUAUAAUGUGCCACGUAGAUAACAGGAAUAUAUUUGGGGACUACAAACUGUUGGGACAUUAUCAAGUUUCAAAUACUACAAGCCCUGGCCAUCUUCUGAAGGAACUGAUUCAAACCUGGCCCAAUUUCUCAAAGACUGUCGAGUGACUUAAGUUUUAAUUAAAUAUUUUGCUAUAAU